GCUUGUCAACUUGUGUUGCUAAACCAAGCAUGAUUCUGCUUCAACUUAUGUCCGUCCUAACCUGUCUUCUAAUAUUAUUAUCAUCGUUAAGGCAAGCCGAAGUUCUCGCUGACCCUCAAACUUCCAAUGGAACCGAAAAUCUUGCCUUAAAAGACAUUGUUUUUGUCAUCCUUACACAAGAUACUACCUUCCACUCAGAAAGAGCAAAGCAAUUUAAAAAGGACUUCUACAACCAACUGAAAGCUGUUUCAAAGAAUGAAAAACCUAAACUAUUCUUUACUCACAAGAAAUGGCCAAUUACUGGUGCAUGGACAAUAUUUCCACUUUUAUCAGACUUUGUGGAAAAUUUCUCAAAUAAUUCUUGGAUUUUCAUAAGUGAAGAAGAAGUUCGUCUGGACUUGUUUAAGCUGUUGGAUGUUUUGAAGCAAUAUGAUUCAUCUAAGCCAUUAUUCCUUGGCAAUGCUCUCCAGGAUGAGUCACCAGUCAUAAUCCAUCAUUUUGCUUUUGCUGAAAAUCCAAGCCAGUUUUCCUACCCAAACAUGGCUCUUGGCUUUCUAAUGAGCAUGCCUUUGGUGAAGAGUCUACAUUAUCGAUGGCCACCCAGCAAUAUGCGAACCGACUUCUCCAUAGACCUGAAACACGAGCUUGCUAUGUACAUUUGGGAUGAUGGAAAUGGUGUUGCUCUCACUGAUGUGCCAGAGUUUUGUAACAGAAAACAAGAUUGUGUGACAUAUCUACCCCUCAAAUUUCCUCAAUGUGGUGCCCCCAUCUCAAGUAAUGACUUGUUUGUGGCUGUGAAGACAUGUCAGAAAUUUCACAAGGAACGAAUACCAAUUGUCAAGUCUACAUGGUUAAGAGAAGCAAAACAUGUUGAGUUGUACAGUGAUGUUGAAGAUUUAUCCAUCCCAACGAUUAGUCUUGGUGUUCGAAAUACAGAAAGAGGUCACUGCAAAAAGACAUACAAUAUUCUCAUACGAGCUCUUCGAGAACCCUCGAUCUCCAGUAAACCAUGGUUACUCAUUGUCGAUGAUGAUACCAUUAUUAGUAUUACAAGACUGCGGAAAAUGUUGGCCUGUUACAACCCAGCUGAAGCUCUGGCUAUUGGAGAGAGGUAUGGCUAUGGUGUCACAACAGGUUCUGGUUACAAUUACAUCACUGGAGGUGGAGGGAUGGUGUUCAGUCGAGCAGCAGUUCAGUUUAUGGUCAGCAGCAACCUCUGCAGCUGUCCUCGUGAUGAUUCUCCAGAUGACAUGAUUCUUGGAAUAUGUCUGCAGAACCUCAAUAUCCCUGUUAUUCACAGUUCUUUGUUUCACCAGGCGAGACCCAAUGAUUACAACAAAGAACUGCUGGAACUUCAGGAUCCCAUUUCCUUUCACAAACAUUGGAUGAUUGACCCCAAGAAAGUCUACGAGGAAUGGUUUCUGUCUGCUGCACAAUUCCAUGACGAGUUGUGAUUUAAACCAAAUAGUUUAGUGCCUUUUGUCAGAGAAUUGGUGUAACCUAAAUUCUGUGUAACCGAAAUUUUUGUUAAUGCCAGGAACAAAGAUGCCAAGUUCCAUGUUAUUUGUUGAUUGUUUCGCUCAUUUCUGGUUUUUAUUUAUUUUUUUAUACAGUCCCCCCACCUAUCACCCCACACCUAUCACCCCACACCUAUCACCCCACACCUAUCACCCCACACCUAUCAC